GCCUCGUCGUCCUACAAGUCCUCGACGACCGGUAUUACGUUUCUCGGCGACAGCACGCAGCUCAGCAGGUUGCUGAGCAAUGCACCAGGGCUCGCUGUGGCAAGAAGACACGACCCGCCCGCGUUCUGACGAGAGCGGACAAGGAGAUGGUUUGCGUGGGUUGAGCAGAUGGGUAGAUAGAUAGACGGAUGACCCUUUGCGCAUUUUCCGCGGACACCCUUCAUACGAUGUGAUUGACUCGCGGCAGAACUACGGUUAACGUGUUACGGACCGAUCGGACCGCGGGAGCAAAUAGAAUGGAGCGUGCACGCAACGAUGUUUCGCUUCACCACGGUGCCUUGAGGAUGCUCUGAGAGAGACCAACCUGCAUGUAGGUGAGGGGGGCGACCUGUGGUUUGCUCGUCCUGGGUUCGGACCACAGGGCGCAGGCGCCGGGCGCGGAGGUGUCAGAGGAGGGAGGGGAAAAGGUGUGCAAACCUCGCCUCUCGGCUGAUGCAACACGAUGGCUCUGCGACAUGUGAUGCGUCAGCUUGCGUCGUCGCAACCUCCAGGCCUUUGCAUUCGCACCUUUCGCUCUGCCACUGGUUUUCGUUCUGCAGCUAGCAGCUGCGAGAGGACAAGGGUGACGAACUGCCUGUUGCAGUCCUCGCCAGAAGGCUCGAACCCUCGAACAUGGGCCGCCGAGCGCGCCCUGCACCCAGGGCCGACUUGGUCGCAGGUUCAUCGCACAAAACCGAUACAUCCUACUGUCGCUGGUACGGGUCUCCACUUCAUGUCCCGAAUCGCCCAGUUACACUACAGACCCGAGGAGACUGGCUCUGGGCCAUCUGGCCCGACCCCAGCCUCGGUGACGGCUGGACAGGAUGUAGCUGCUGCUGAAUCGGAGGCCGGGUCGGCAGCUGCAGCAUCUGCCACACCGUCAACCUCGAAUGUCGCCGCGACGGAGACGUCGUCGCCACCAGAAGGAGGCCAAGAGAUGCAGCAGGAGAGUAAGCAGGCUAGUUCAAGGAGCAAGGUUCCCGACUCCUCGGCAGCAUCGGAAGGCCAACAAGUUUGGCCAGGCGGCGGUGGCGUCUCUGUUGGCGACGAGGUGGCCGAAUGGUGGAGGGGAGAAGCUGACGAGGACGAUGAAGGGGAGGGUGGUGCGAUGGGGGAUGAGGGCGUGUCGAAGGAAGUGCAACGGAUGGUUUCGCAGCUGGAAGGAAAGAGCCGCACACAACAAGCGUUUUUGAUCGGUCAGAUGCUCAAAGUGAAGCCACUCGCAGAUGUGUUUGUCGGCGACCGCGAACUGCUCCAGCAUAUGAACCUUGAGACGAAGCUCAUCGACGUCAAUCGUGUCGAUAAAGUGACCAAGGGAGGGAGGAUGACGAGGUACAGCGCGCUAAUUGUCAUGGGGAACAAGGAUGGGGUGGUGGGGUUUGGAAAGGGCAAGGCAUCGGAGGUGGCCAAGGCACGAAACAAGGCGAUUCUGCGAGCGCUGAAGUCCCUGCAGUACUGUGAGAGGUACCAGAACCACACGAUAUUCCAUGAGCAAGUCGUGAAAUACGGCACGACGAAGCUGUACCUGUGGCCAGCAAGAUCGGGUACCGGAAUGAGGGCGAACUAUACAGUUGGGGCCAUCCUUCGCUUGGCAGGCUUCAAAGACGUAAAGUCGAAAGUCAUAGGCUCACAUAACCCACAUAACACCGUCAAAGCCACUUUCAAGGCAUUAGGCCUCAUAAAGACACCUGAAGAUAUGGCUAGGAUAUAUGGGCGCACGGUGAUUGAGAAGCCCAUUCUGUAUAAGUAGGAUGGAUGACCUCGCCCCAACUUUAACGUUGCCUUGCCUGCUUAACCUUAA